AUGAGCUCGCUCAAGGCCGUCGACCUGGUGUCCCACCAAUGCUGGAGGGAGAACGGUACCAUGGGCACCAAGGCAGACACGCCAGCAGCUCUAUACGCACUCAGGUCAACGCACAAGACGUGGACGGACAGAGAAGCGAACAAGGCGUGGCAAGCCAGCUGGACAGCAGAAACUCGAGGCAGAACCUCCUACCGCUACACACCGAGACCUACCAAGAAGACGCUCCAGCUCCACGAGGGACUGAGCAAGCGACAAAGCUCAAUUCUCGUGCAGAUGCGCACGGAAAAGAUUGGACUCAAGGACUUCCUCUUCAACCGAAGAGUGCCGGACGUCACGGACGCCGACUGCCAAUGCCGGGAGGGACGACAAACGUUAUCACACAUCCUGCUGCGAUGCCGACGGUUCCGACAACUCCGACGCCAGGAACUCGGAGCCAUACCAGGACGGCACAACCUCCGGGUCGUAUUGAACGAGCGCAAAACAGCCGUAAAAGCCAUCAGAUUCAUGGAACAGACCGAGAUCCUUGGGCAAUUCAGGAUUGAGUCACCGCCUAGACAAAGCUAA